GUCGCUGGGAGACGAUGUGAUAAGCCCAAUAAAUGUGGACCCUGCCAAUCUGUCACAAUACAAACUGUCUGAUCACUGAUAACGUAGAUCGACUUUCUCCAGUGACCGGUUCACUGCUCGCUCGUCAGUUCUCGUCGCUACCCUCAACCAUGUCGACUUUGCACGUGCAGCCAUUCUUCCCUCACAGUUUUCCCCACUCUCGAAAACUGCAAAAUCUGCAGACCUCAUGUCGGCCCAAUGUUCUCCGGUUGACUGUGGGGGUCACCAGCCUAACCCUGUACGGAGAGGAGCGAGGUCUUCGUGUCCUCGGGCAGGCUGACAGAAACAACAACAAAGAGACGCCUCAAAAGACCAACAACCUCUCAUGCAUCAACAAUAAGUUGAAAAAACUCACUUUGUCCGAAUCCGUGCCACCCAAGUUGUUGGUCGAAACCAGACUACCUUCGACAGCGAACGUUGUCGAGGCCAAGAAUAACUACAAUAAGGCCUUCUUGUCAUCCAGUAAUGAGAAUACGAAGGUUAUCAAUGUGAAUCAGCUGAACGAUAACCCAUGUGGUCAUGACAAUAGGACGCAACUUCUCCAUCCUGACUGGCGAAAAAUCCCCUGGAAGCCCUAUUUUGGAUGGACAGACGCCCACGAUAAACUCCAAAAACAGCUGAAAGAAAAGAUCAGGGAGGGUACUGUGGAGAGCAUAUAUUACAAGAGUCAGGAAGAGCACGUAGCUGCUGGCCUCACCUGGAGGUACCAUAACAAGGACGUUCCUUUCCUGAGGGGCCCCACUGUAUCCACGGUCUGCGAGGUCCUGGAGGUGAUAAGAAGAGUGAAUAGCACCCGCCCUCACAACUACUGCAGCAACCGCCUUAGUCGCUGGAACCGACAAGACAACCUGGCCAACGUCGAGUAUGACGCUGACGACGAAGACUGAGUGUCCUACUUAAAAAAACGAGUUUAAUGGAUAAGAUACAAGUGUACUUUUGUUAUGAAAGUAGAAUUAGAUUAUGAACAUGAUAAGGUUCGUUUUUGGUGCCAUGCACAUUAUUUGUGAUUAAAAAAUUGUAAAUAUUUUUGCAUGAAUUCAUCGCAUGAAUCAUAGAUUAGUGUAAUGACAAAAUGUCUAACAUUAACUUUACAAAUUGAGGUUUCAUUUAAUUUCCUUUUUGAUAAUAAUAUAUUACUUGAUUAGAGAUUUUGUAGUUUAUUAUAUUUUUAAUAGGUUUAAAUAUACAAUGUUAUAUAUUUGUAUGUAUUGUAUGCUGAAUUUGUAUUGUAAGGUAGAAUGCAGUAUAUUUAAUUUGUUAUCGUAUAUUAAUUAAAAUUGACAAACGUAUUGUCUAAUAUAUAUACGUUAUUACUUAUUAUUGUAGUGAUAAAAAUUGUUAAAUUGUCAAUGAAAUGUAUUUAAAUAAACGUUUUGUAGAAUUAUAAGGA